AUGCGAUCCACCUCUUUCCAGAUCCUUUUCGCUCUCUUACUUCCCCUUAUCCACUUACCACUCUCAACAGCUAGACCACUCGAAAAUGGAGAAUUGGUAGUCAGAAAUACCGAAGCACCCACCAGCUCAGUCUCCGGCACCACCGAAAAUGCUGCUGCUCCGACCAAUGGCAUCCUCUCCGCAUCUACAGUGACCAACUUCCAUGAGGAAACGUCUACUACCGAGAUCGACUCUUCUCCUUCAGCCACAAUCUCCGAGUCAGGAUCGGUGUCCUUCGGGAAUCACAAUCCUGAGGAUUGUACCGACUCACUUGGUGGUACACCAUGUGAUUGUUCAUUACCCAAUGCCGCUCCUUUCGGCGGUCCCACCACUACCGGUACCACUUCGAACGCUGCUGUUCCUACGCAGUCGGAUGUUGGUUGCGCGGAUGCCAGUAGAUCUCCAUGCGAUUGUUCACAGCCCGGUGCUACACCUAUGAUAAGCGAUACCAUUUUGCCCACUAGUCAGGCCGGAACUACUUCUAUGGCAGCUGCUCCAACUUCCGAUACCGUGCCUACUUCGGAUAUCGGAGCUUCGACACCAUCAUUGAAUAUCCCAACACCUACUUCAUCUGUAGGUGGAUGCGUCGACUCGAACGGUGCACCUUGCGAUUGCUCUCAGUCAGGUGCUACACCCACUGAGCCAGCUGGUACUGGAUUACCCACCGUCUCAGCAGGGGAGACGUCCAAUGCAGCUACGCCUACAAUCGAUACUGCCAGUGCGACGGCGCCAACUUCGUCGUCCCAAAGUCAAUGUGCCGAUCAAAGUGGCACACCAUGCGAUUGCUCUCAGCCCGAUGCUACCCCUAUCGAAUCAUCUUCCGUCCCAUCCGGUACUACCUCAAUGGCAGCGACUCCCACCUUCGAUACCUCCGUUCCGACUGGAGGAUGUGCCGAUGCAAGCGGUACCCCAUGCGACUGUUCUCAACCAGGUGCCACACCUACCUCUUCAGGGGGUGUAGGUGCGCCUACAAGCCCUCUGUCAGGCUUUACUUCAAACGCUGCUACUCCCACUUCCAGUGAGGCUAUACCCACCACUUCUGGCUCGGAGGGAGAUUGUUCUGAAUCUCAAGCUCAUUCAGGAAGCACUAGCAGCGUGACCGACGCAGCACCAGUACCAAGUCAAUCUUCAAGUGAAGGAAAUACACCUGGCAACACCGGGGAUAACGAUCAAUAG